UUUUAAAAAAUAAAGAUAAAUAAAACCCCAAGGCAAUUCAUAUUCUUGGCAUGUUCAUGCUGUUAUGUAGUUAAAAUUUAUAUUAAAAAAACUUCAUUAAAACAAGGGCAGGCAUGCAUAGAAUGGAAAGCAUGUGGUCUACCAGCCAAGACUCUUCCCCCUCAAUAUAUAGGCAAGCCUUUGGUUCAUCACAGUUGAUUCACUUCAUUUUCUCUACCUACUUACAUACAACUAUUUUAGUCAAGUUUCUCUUCGGAUUUUCGUCUUCCGAUUAUGGAAACUCGAAAAGAGGUUGAGAUCGAGGACAUACCGAUGCCGUUGUCGCCUCCGAGGAUGGGGUCUAUGCAGAUUGCAGGUGGCAACGGUUUCGGUCAUAACAUCGAGUUCAUGUCACAGGCUUACCUCAGGAACCGGUAUUCCGAGAUCGAUAUCGAGGACUACACCGUGUAUGCUGAUAAAGAUCAGCCUCUCCCCAUAUUUCUUAAGUUUGAAGACGUGGAAUACAAGGUUCGGAGUCACCAACCUGCCUCGAUCAUCCCCGUGAGAGCGGUGAUGUCGAAGUUAGCCUCGCAACUUAACUUGGAACAUGAUAAAUACAAGGAGAUCCUUAAAGGCGUAACGGGCAGCACCGGCCCAGGAGAAAUCCUUGCUUUGAUGGGUCCUUCUGGUAGUGGCAAAACAACCUUGUUAAAGAUAAUAGGCGGAAGGUUGACAGAUAAUGUUAAAGGAAACAUAACGUACAACGAUCUCCCUUACAGUCCGGCUCUUAAACGAAGGAUUGGAUUUGUGACGCAGGACGAUAUACUGCUGCCUCAACUAACGGUCGAAGAAACCUUAGUUUUUUCAGCAUUUCUGAGACUUCCUAGUGACAUGAGCCUGCAACAAAAGUAUGCAAAAGUGGAGACGAUUAUGAAGGAGCUAGGCCUUGAAAGAUGUCGUCACACGAGAAUCGGGGGAGGAUUGGUGAAAGGGAUAUCCGGAGGAGAAAGGAAAAGAACUAGCAUCGGUUAUGAAAUUCUCGUUGAUCCGUCAUUGUUGUUGCUCGACGAACCGACUUCCGGUCUCGAUUCUACUUCAGCCAAUAAACUUAUUCAUAUUCUUCAAGGAGUUGCAAAGGCAGGGCGAACUGUAAUCACGACGCUUCACCAGCCGUCAAGCCGAAUGUUUCACAUGUUCGAUAAGCUUCUGCUGAUAUCAGAAGGCUACCCUAUUUACUCCGGGAAGGCAAGAGACUGCAUGGAGUAUUUUUCGUCGCUACGAUUCAUCCCGGAGAUAGCAAUGAAUCCGGCUGAGUUCUUGCUCGAUUUAGCGACCGGCCAAGUUCAUGACAUAACUCUGCCUGAAGAUCUAGUGGCAUCUCAAGGAACGGCCGAGACCGACAAGGCUGUAAUCAAAUAUCUUCAACUCAAGUACAAAACUCAUUUGGAGCCAAAUGAAAAGGAAGAGAAUCACCGGAGUACCAAGGCGCCGCAACAUCUUCGGACGGCUAUUCAAGUGAAGAAGGACUGGACAAUAACUUGGUGGGAGCAGUUCAUGAUAAUAAUGAAGAGGACGUUUCGAGAGAGACGAAGGGAUUACUUCGAUAAGCUGAGGUUACUACAAUCACUAGGAGUUGCAGUCUUGCUCGGUCUUCUUUGGUGGAAAUCGAGCGCCACUACCGAGGCUCAACUGAGGGAUCAAAUUGGCCUGCUGUUCUACAUCUGCAUCUUUUGGACAUCAUCGUCGAUUUUCGGAGCGGUAUACGUUUUCCCGUUCGAAAAGGUCUAUUUGGUGAAAGAACGGAAAGCCGACAUGUACAGGUUAAGUGUAUACUAUGUUUGCAGCACUUUAUGUGACAUGGUGGCACAUGUUCUGUAUCCUACAUCAUUCAUGUUGAUUGUCUACUUCAUGGCUGGUUUCAAGAGAACAGUCAUUUGCUUCUUCCUCACGUUAUGUACCAUCUUACUGAUAGCUAUUAUAAGCCAAGGAGCGGGAGAGCUAUUUGGAGCUGCGGUUUUGAGCAUUAAAAGGGCCGGGAUGAUGGCGUCUCUGGUGAUGAUGUUGUUUCUUCUCACAGGAGGUUACUACGUCCAGCAUAUACCGAAAUUCAUGCGGUGGAUGAAGUACUUAUCGUUCAUGUACUAUGGCUUUAGGCUUCUGGUGAAAGUGCAAUACUCUGGGGACCAAUUGUAUGAAUGCCAAAGCCCGGGCGGGUGUCGGAAUCUGCAGGAUUCGCCUUCGUUCGACACGGUUAACCUCGACGGAGGCCUGCAAGAAGUAUGGAUUCUACUCGCCAUGGCGCUCGGAUACCGGCUGUGUGCUUACGUCUGCCUGCGCAAGAGAAUUAGGUCAUGUAAUAUUUGAGCUGAAUCUACAUUGCUGGGAAAUAUAUGUAACAAGAGAAAAAAAGUUUGAGGGGCUUUGAUUUUUC